CAUACUGACGAUGAGGGUCGUAUCUGUUUCACCGGUUCCAUCAAAGACAUAACUUUUAUUCCCUUUAAUCCUAUUUUUGAGAAGGGGUUAAAUUUCUGCCUUCUCAGUUUAAAACAUGCACGACUGUAAGUCUUGUAGAAACGUUUGCGUACCCAUGUGAAGUCAGCUUCAAUUUGCUUUAACAGAAAAUUGCGCAGCUUUAUAUUGGUUUAUGUUCAUUGCUUCAUGGUGCUUAUAAGUGAAUCAAGUACAUACAGGUCUUUAGGUGAUAUAUAUCAAUUGUAUAUGUGCUAUAAAUAAGUCUUUUUCUGAGAUAAAAUUUAUCUAAUGAGGUUUUUCGCAAUUUUGUGGAACUAAACAAUACCAAACAAUGUUUCAAUCAAACCAAGAGCCUGACAUACCCGCGGCUCUAGGUUUACUUUCUCACCUGACCAACGAUGAACUGAAGGAACUAUUAAAUAACGAUGGAAAAUUUGAAGACAUCGUAAAAGAUAUAAAACAGUUUAAGGACUUGGAAACAGAAAAGGAAAUGUUAAUGGCAAGUAACAGGUCAUUGGCAGAAUUCAAUUUAUCAAAACAACCAGAAUUGCAAGAUGGAAAACAAAUACUAAGAGAACUUAGUGAAAAAGGGACAAAUUUAUGCACUAGUGUUAAGGAUAAACUGGAUGAAAUAAGGGAAAAAUCUGGAGAGAUGACAGUUAAUACUGCAUUAGAUUUAUUACAAACAGCAGCAACUGAAAUUGAAGAAGAAUCAGAGACCAUAGCAGAGAAGUUUUUGGCUGGUGAUAUGGAAGUAGAUGAAUUUUUAGAGCAGUUUUUGUCCAGACGAAAAUUGAUGCAUCUACGAAAAGUAAAGGUAGAUAAAUUAAGAGAGUUAAUAAGAAAAUCGCAUUCUGUCACUAGUGGUCCCGGUUACCCUAUCGCUAGUAAUUUUCCUGGUAUAGCACCUUCAGUCCCUUAUCCAACUGGACCUGUUUCAAUGCCAAUGCCUGUGCCAUCUGGUUUACCACAUUAUAGACCAUAUUAAGUUAUCUCCAAGAAAAAAAAA